CUCAUAACUCAAUUCUCAGAGAAGUAGGAAACAAUGAAGUUGAUAGUGCUGAUUUUUGGGUGCUUUGCGGCAAGCAAGGCUUUAGUAUGUACUCCAGAACUAUGUGGAAUGAUUAAAGCUGCCCCUUUACAAUGCAAGGGGUCCAUCAUCAAAGGAGGGGGCUUUUGUGGGUGUACAGACGCUUGUGCCAAGCAAGUGGGCGAGUCCUGUGACUUACCUUCCGGUCCCCAUUUCUUUGGAAUGCUCCCCUCCGGUCCUUGUGACGAUGGUCUGGAAUGUAUCAGUCCAGUGACAGAAAACCACUCCGUGAUGAGGCUCGGGAAAGGCGUCUGUAGCAAACCUAGACAAACCAGAAAAACCCGCAGUCAGUCCUACACGCCCUGCCAGAUAAUGUACCGACAACGAUCUAUUAGUAUGGUUGUAUGGCAAGGCUGGUGGCUCCCAAAAUGUGACGCUGAAGGCAACUUUGAGGGAGAGCAAUGCGACAAUACAGGACAUUGUUUCUGUGUUACCUCUCACAAUGGCGAAGUCAUUCAAAGUAGCAAAGUUUUAGGCUCUGCCGACUGCUCCUCUCACUCACCAGCUAGACGUGAUCUGACUCAGUGUCAACAGAUGUACCAAUUACGCAUGAUAUCUUUCGUCAUAUACCAGGGAAUGUGGACACCGAAAUGCGAUGCCGAGGGCAAGUUUGAACCAGUUCAGUGUGACAAUACAGAUCACUGCUUCUGUGUAACGGAAAUUACCGGAACAGUCGUAAAGGGAUCUAAGGUUCCACACACGAAACCCGACUGUUCCCAGUACGACCUGACAGAAGAGGACAUAACACCUACACCUUCAUUCUAAUUAAAAGAAGAUUUGCAUAGAUGAAGACAAACUAAUAAAUGAAUAUUUAUACAUGUA